AUGGCACCCCCGCGCCAGCGCACCACCGCAAUCGUCGACGACUCGAGGUCGGAAGCCUCCAGCGGCACGCGAGAGUUUAAGACCAGCGCCCCAAAGAGCCGGAAGACCGCCGUAGCCAAAGAUAAGGCCUCCGUAACCAGUGUACCGCUACCAACGGAACAAUACAUCGACGAGCAGCCGAGGGUCCCCUGGGCUGACCUCCCCCUCGACAUCCUCCACGCCUACCGACAUGUCCACAAACUGUCCACCCCAUCCGCCUUCUCCGCCGACUACUCCCGUCUCGUCCUCUCGCAAGGCGUCGGCUUGCGCUCCCCAACCGCCCUCGCCGCUCGCCGCGCCCAGUCCACGCGCUCGUCUACCCGCGACGACCGCAACGGCACCACCCCGCAGGACGCCGAGCCCUCCGCGCUGCACCACAUCCUCGGCCAGGACCGCGUGAGCAAGGACCAGUUCGCGCUCGUGGUCCGCAAGCACUUCAACAGCGCAGGGCUGUCGGAGCAGGAGACCAUCGCGCGCUUCUUGUAUACCGUCCGCGAGGAGCGGAGGGGGCGCCAGUUCCGGCUCAGGUUCCAGCCAUAA